UGAGGAUCCCGCGUUGGGGAAUUUAGAAGCCGACGAGACUCGGCGCGGGAAGGAGUGUCGGAACCCGCCUCUGUUGUCUAUAGCCCACGUGAGCCAGCAAGAUUCUGGAGUGUAACAGACGCUUCUACCAAGAUAAACGAGUUGUGUUGGAAGUGUACCAUGUGCUAGAUCAUUCGUGCUUCACCAAGAUUAAAAUAAAUACGUUAACAAUGAACGUGUUGUUGGUGGCAGCGGUUAUAUCCGGGUGCUGGGCUCAGGUCAAGCCAUCGUGGGAUAAUAGUGAAUGGCAGCCCAUCCUACAGCCUUGUCUCUCGUGUCGCCAGGCGCGUAUCCUCCCUGCUGGGUCGUUCAUCCAGGAAGCUUCCAGCGUCCAGCCUAAGCAAUUAAUCCUGGAAACUCCCCGCACACAGCUAAAGCCAUCAAUCCAGCAAGCUCCAGUCUUCCCGAUCAAGACCAUCAAGCUCUCUUCUAGGAAACCAAGCCAGAUCAAACCUGCAUUGGUGCCUGCUCGUAGACCAGUACCUUUCAGGCCGUCCACGGUUACGAAUAGCGAGGGUGGGCGUGUGCAACUGGUGUACUUACCUGAAGGAUCCAUCAGACAGCUCAGCUCGGCCAAUGCCGCCCGCAUCACGCCCACGUCUCCAGAGCCCCGUCAUCAAGUGGGCCAAGUGGAGGAUGCCCCACUUCCACCAUCAUCCGAAGUCGUCCAGACCAUAGAGUUCUCGGACAAACAGAAGCGAGAUCAUGAUGGGCGAGUGGUCGCUGGCGGGGUGUCCAACAGGGUAGUGAUGUCCCUCGUCACUACUCGUGAACAAGAGAAGGACGCCAGGGAGAAGCUGAGGCUGCUAGAGGCGGCCCUUGCCACCCCUACACAGACCCCUCCAUCUCAGAAUGACGGACGCCUUCCAAGGGUGUUCAUUGCCCCGUCCCAUGUCCCUCCCCCACCUGGUUACGUCAAGAUUCCUCUUGUGCCUCAAGGAAAGUCUGGGGAUCCCAGUAACCAGAAUGGUAACUCUCCCCUCCCUUCAACUUUCCUCACCCCUGAUGGUCGUAGUCCUCCACCAGGAUUCAUUAAGUUCGACCUUCCUGAGAGAGUAAGCCAACUGUCACAAGACAUCCCUGUCGUGGUACCCAACUCACAAGUGGGACCCAACCUCGAGCUGGAUCAACCUUCUUUCACACCCACGACCACCCCUGGAUCCAUCCGUCCACCAGCCUCCCUCAACUUCCAGACAACGGACGUCCGCUCUGGAAAGGAUCUCAGCUUCCGACCUCCAGCAGUCCAAGUCAUCCCUAAGAGCGAGCCCAAGCCUGACUCUCCAGCCCCAUCUAUUUCACAUCCCAUCCCUCAGAGGCCCACUAUCCAUCCCCAGACCACCCCCAGGCCUCAGACCACCCCAAGACCUCAAACCAACCCCAGGCCCCAGCCCAAUUCCCAGGGCUUCUCUCAUCAGCCCUCAAAUCUUCCAGAGCAGAACCUUCGUAACUCCAACCAACCUCGCCCCCACCAGCCUCCUUUCACAGCAUUUCCUCAGCCCAACCAGAACAUCCCCCAGCCGGGAAGGACUUUCAUCCAGUUCGGCCAGAACACACGACAACCUGGUCAGCAAGUCAUUCAGCCGAUCAUCCCGACUGGCCAACCUGUCAUCAAGCCCGCUCGGACCUUCUUUCUGUCUAAACAGCCACAGUUCCUCCUUAAUCCCGUACAGUCCGGUGUAACCUUCCUACGGCCCGCCCAGCUCAUCCAACAACAGGGUCAACCACCCCGUCAGGCUUUCCCACAACCCAAUCAACAACAGCCUUUCCCUCAGUCAGGUCAGCCACGGCCCAACCAACCACAGCCCUUCCCACAGUCCGGUCAACAACAGUCUGGUCAGCCGCAGCCCUUCCCACAACCUGGUCAGCCACAGCCCGGCCAAUCACAGCAUUUCCCACACCCCGAUCAACAACAGCCUGGUCAGCCACAGCCCUUCCCACAACCUGGUCAGCCACAACCUGAUCAGCCACAGCCCGGUGUACCACAGAACUUCCCACAGCCUGGCCACCCGCAGCCCUCCCCACAACCCAACCAACAACAGCCUGGCCACCAACAGCCCUUCCAACAACUUGGCCACCCACAGUCCUCCCCACAACCCAACCAACAACAGCCUGGCCACCAGCCCUUCCAACAACCUGGCCACCCAGCCCUUCCAACAACCUGGCCACCCACAGCCCUUCCAACAACCUGGCCACCCACAGCCCUUCCAACAACCUGGCCAGCCGCAGCCCUUCCCACACAGCCCACCCACAACCUGGUUUCACAGUCCUUCCAACAACCUGGCCACCCCACAGCCCGAUCACCCACCUGGCCACCCCAUCACCCACAACCUGGCCACCCACAACCUGUGGCCACCCACAGCCUGGCCAUUCACAGUCUUUCCAACAACCUGGCCACCCACAGCCCGAUCACCCACUACCUGGCCACCCACAACCUGGCCACCCACAGCCCGAUCACCCACAGCCUGGCCAUUCACAGUCCUUCCAACAACCUGGCCAGAUCAGUACAGCCUGUCUUCUCUCAUGACUUCCCAGCGAUCGACGACGACUUCCGUCCCAGUUCAGACUUUCCUCCGCCUGCUGAUCCACCCCAAACAUCAACAAGACUUCCUCAGUUCCCGACAACAACGAGUCCUCGGACUCCAAGACCCGUGGCCACCACUGUAGCGCCCGCUCCGCUUACCACUUCCCGAAGACCCAUCCCAAAUGCCUUCAUUUCUUCCUCACCUCGCCCACAGUUAAUUCCCCGGCCAUCCCCAAGACCACUCCCAGAGGCUUCCCCGAGACUCUUACCAGUUACUCCUACUCCUCGGCUCACUCCUCGACCUGUAUCCUUCACCACUCCUGACUUCACUGCAAGCCCUGAGUCUUUAACAACCACGGAGUUUAUCACCCCGAAACCAAGGCUUACGUCCUUCACAACACAAUCACCCUUCCCCGCAUUUCCAGCAUUCCAGUUCUCCACAAGACCAGCGGUUGGAUUACCUGUGAAUCCCAGGGCUACCUUCUCCCCCACCCCAAGGCCUGUGUUUUCCUCCACACCAAGACCUCUGUUUUCCUCCACACCAAGACCUCAGCCAGUGUCUGUUACCUCUGACUUACCUAUCCUGCAGACCUUCUCCCCCUUUGGCACCUCUUCAAGAUCACCAUUCCAUCAGACCGUAAUCAGAUUGCAGGAGCAGAGACAACAAUUUCCAGCUUUAAAAAACACUCAGACACCCCAAAUUCCAUCGUUCUUGGACCCACAGACGUCAUCAGUGCCGUCAUUCCAGGAACCCCAGCAUCCUUCUACAACGCCAUCAUCCCAGGGGUCACAGCCUACUCAGGUGCCACUAUUUAAGACCCCUCAGGGAUCUCCAACCCCACUGUUUACAACAUCUCAAACACCAUCGCCCCAGGACCUUGAGGAACCAUCUACUCCAUCAUUCCGGGAGCCUGAGCAUCCUCGCCUCCCCAUCUUCCCAUCCUUCCAAAGGCCAAGGUUUACUACCACUUUGACCCCGGAGGAAGACCAAACUCCUCCAGAAACAACCACCCGAGAGUUCCUGACACCUGCCCCCACCACGCCUGUGUCCACCACGCCUACGCCCACAACCUCCACCAUUAGGGUGACUACCUUUAAGCCCAGGUUAAACUUCAACGUCGCAAAUAGACGUCCUUUCCUUAGGCGGAGACCGAGACCAAACAAUGGGGACAAGAAGGAGGCCGAAGAUACAGUCAAGAAAGACACUGAAGACACAACCAAAAAGGAUAUCAAGCACAAGAAGACAGAAGCAACGACACUCUUCCCGCCAUUCUCUGUCGCACGCACACUUAACCCUCUUCGCGUCGAGAAAGGAGACAGCUCUGACAACGCUUCCAGUGCAAGAGGAGCUGGUGUGACUGUUCCUUCCAGUGGAGUCUUUGGCAGACGCCUUCGACCACGACAAAGGCGCCCAUCGACACUUCGCACUGAGAGUGAUUCAGAGGCAUCCAGUCCGACUACUGAUUCAAAGCCGCGUACCGUGACUGUCAACAGAGUGAGAAACAUCGGCGGCACCAGAGCGCACACCCUGGCUAGCAACAGAGGCCGAAACCUCCCUGAGUGGCUCACAGCUCGCCGACGUUCUCGAGGGCAGGCACGUCUGUCUGAGAAGAAGACUUCCGCUGAGAACACCGGAGCAAUAAUUGAUGACGUUCCUCUGGAUAUAUUAAAUAAUAAUGGCUUCACUGGUGCUGAGUCUACAUUAGUGGUCUUCAGCAGCCCACCGGAAAAUGAAGUACCGGUCCCACUGAGCGCCCAGGAAACUGAGAAGGAACUCAAGGAGGCAGUUUUUGAGCUGAGGAAGGAGGAGGAGGAAGAAGUUGAGGAAGCCCUGGAGAGUGCUGAAGAGGCCAUCGUUGGUUAUGCAGAAGAAAUUGCUGAAGACAGUUCUCUCCAAGAAGCCAUUCACAAGCUCAAAGAAAAUUUGUCCUUGUCAAAACAAUCUGCAACAGAGUCUCCAUUAACUUCAUUGGAAGCUGUUGCGAAGAUGCUGUCAUUGUACCCGAACCUGAAGCUGUACCCGAGCCGGAUGCUAUUUCCAAGUCCCAUGAAGCAGAUGAGGUUGAUGCUGCAAAAGAGCCUGAGGCUGAACCUGAGGCCGUCGCUGUGUCCAAGAAUGACGAUGGUGUACCUGAUGCUGAGGAUGACGCAGUGGCAGAGCCCGAGCCACAGGACCCCACAGAGCGAGUCACACAGCUACGACUACUAUGAGUACGACCACUACGAUGACGGCCACCACGCUGCCGUCGGCGAGGACCAAGACUUCGGCAGCAGCAAAACUCAAGUCGUCUUCGCCGUUCCCGCCACUGAGUACGUGGUAGAAGAUACCACGACCCCGGCCACUCAGGUCAUCGACGAGGUCAGAGAGGGCAAUCAGGAUCAAAGAGAGACUACGGAAGAACCCCUCGUGUUUACGACUAUGUUGGGUGUGGUGGCGGGGGAGGAACACCUUGUUCGGGAGGAGGAGGAGGAAACUACAGAGGCAGGAGUAGUAGUAGACGUGACCAAAGAACCUGCCACGGUACCACCACCAGAGUUUGAAGACACCACUGAGCUGGGUGCUCUAGAGGAAGACUCCUUAGUCGCUACUACGUUGGCUCCUUUCCUUACCCCCACCACCACUUCUACACCUACCACACCCCUUAUCACACCUACCACACCCCUUAUCACACCUACCACAUCCCGUAUCACACCUACCACACCCCUUAUCACACCUACCACACCCCUUAUCACACCUACCACACCCCUUAUCACCUUCAUUCCCUUCCCCUUCACUACCACAACAACCACAACUUCUACCACAACCACCAGGCCACGACCAGCCUCCAUACGACCCUUAUAUGCCCGUCUACAGAGCAUCGCGAAAAAGACAGCAGCGGAGUCUUCUUCGUCCUCCUCCAACAAGAAGCUACACAGGACCCCUAAGAUCCUUGCAGCGUCGACUAUCACGGAGAUCCGGUCCUCUGAUCCUGUUAUCUGUUUCCGGGAUCACAGGUGUGUCAGGACCAGAGGGCUCAGGCAGCGCCGAGCUGCUGCCUCCAGCCCCUGAAAGACCCAGAAUUCUGGUCUUGAAGUCUUCCUUGCCUCAACCAUGAAGCUUCCCUCGCCAAGUACCCUCCUGGCACCUUCCUCACCCUAUCCUUGAAAUCUCCUGAACCCCAAUAGAACCUUAAAAUCAUACUAGGUCCUCCCUCACCUGAACAUUCCGUCACCAUCUUCAUUAAGACAUAACCUAAUUUAACCUAAUCUAACACCCCAGUACAGAACUAAUAACCAGUCAUGUAUAAGUAAUACUCUUAUGAUAUUAGUCACUUGUUGUGUCCACUAUGGGUCAGCCCAGGUCGAGCCACAAUUGAUACGAACAAUCGUGUUGUGCCUUUUUAAGUUUUCAAGUUCUUCAUCGGCUGAAGAAAUUGUCUUGUAUGAUAUAAAUCUCUCAUAAAAUCCUGCUGGAGCCUCUUCUCGGUGAACAGACACCAGCAGGGAGCCUUUACAGACCGGGCGACCUGACAGACAUACAGCUGUCUUCUGAGGGUCAUAUAUACGUAAUUUAUUCUUCGGUGUGACCGUGGUCAGUAACAGCUGGUCUGUUAUGAAUCCCGGAGCCUCAUUCAGCCACCUCUUUGUGGGAAUAAAGGAAUAUUGUGUUUUUAGUACUUAAUUCUCAUUUUCAUCACACUAACUGAUAUGCAUAUUACUUAUGAGUGUCAUGAUCCACAUGUAAACAAUUGUACAAAAAUCAGCUGGAGGCGAGGACUAUGGAAGAAGUAACUGGUACAGUACCAUAUCUACUUCACCCAGAUUAAGAUUUACACGGUUAUUUAAAUGUGGUUAUUGAUAGUGUGUGAGGAAUGAGGUUUAUUACUUAAACAUGUGGCUCCGUUAUUUCCAGCAGGGGUUCGGUAGUGGGUUUUAGACCUAACUACCUCCCUACUGACUAAGUCACUGUUAAAAGUCCUCACUCGUUAUUUAAGCUGUAUAUUGUAGCUUUAAGAAAUAAAUUUUUUUUUAUAA